UGCCGGGCGGAGGGUGUGAGCGCGGCCUCCUGGAGCCCCGAGCUGGAGGAGAUCCGGGUGAGGCUGGCGGCGCUGGGCCCGGAGGAGGACGACGACAGGCCGGGGGAGGACGGGGUGCCGCCAGCCGUGCGCAGGAAGAGCGUCAACACCAACGAGCUGGUCCCGGUACCGAGCUCCGAGCAUGUGGCCGAGAUUGUGGGCCGGCAGGGAUGCAAGAUCAAGGCGCUAAGAGCGAAGACUAAUACCUACAUAAAGACCCCAGUCCGUGGUGAAGAACCAGUAUUUGUCGUUACUGGAAGGAAAGAAGAUGUAGCGAUGGCAAAAAGGGAAAUCUUGUCUGCCGCGGAACACUUUUCUAUGAUUCGAGCAUCUCGCAACAAAAAUGGCCCUUCGGCUGGUAGCGUUCAGUGCACUCCCAACCUUCCGGGUCAAACCACCGUACAAGUAAGAGUACCUUACCGAGUGGUUGGCCUUGUCGUAGGGCCAAAGGGAGCUACCAUAAAACGUAUACAGCAGCAAACCCACACCUACAUCGUCACUCCAAGUCGUGACAAAGAACCAGUGUUUGAAGUCACAGGGAUGCCAGAAAAUGUCGAUCGAGCCCGCGAGGAGAUUGAAAUGCACAUAGCCAUGCGCACUGGCAACUACAUUGAGCUCAACGAAGAGAACGAUUUUCACUAUAACGGUACAGAUGUCAGCUUUGAAGGAAACUGCAUAACCUCAACCUGGUUAAACACGAAUCCAUCCGCCCCAGGCCGUAACAAGAUGAUUUCCAACUAUCGAAACGAUAGCUCAAGUUCUUUGGGAAGUGGCUCUACAGAUUCCUUUUUAGGAAGCAACCGGCUGGCUGACUUUAGCCCAACCAGUCCCUUCGGUGCGAGCAAUUUCUGGUUCGGUGAAGCCAUGCCCCCUGUCGGCUCUGAAGAAAUAGCCGACACCUCUGCCUUUGAUCCAAUACCAUCUCCAUCUGAGACAAUAUGGGCAACUUUUGACCAGGGAAAUCCACUCUCCGGCUACGGAAGUGAAGUCACUGCGAAAUCUCAGCGCAGGGGCAGCAUGUCCCCUACUUUCCCAGAAGGUCUGGAAUACCCACUGGGCAGAAGUGUUCGAAGUGACCUUUCAAGCACAAACGAGGCUGGGCUUCCCAUUUACAUCCCUGCGUUCUCCAACAGCACCAACAGCUACUCCUCUUCCAGCGGCGGCUCCACCUCCAGUUCCCCACCGGAGACGAGGCGCAAGCACGACUGCGUCAUCUGCUUCGACAACGAAGUCAUAGCCGCCCUCGUUCCCUGCGGCCACAACUUCUUCUGCAUGGAGUGCGCCAACAAGAUCUGCCAGAAAGAGAUGCCACUCUGCCCUGUGUGCCAGGCGCCAGUCAACCAGGCCAUACAAAUACAUUCUUAA